AUGAACGAUUUUAGCCCUCCACCAUUGCGAGCACCUACGGCAUGUGUUGCGUGCAAUAAAAAGAAGGUUCGGUGUAUCUUCGGCGGAAAUCCCGAUAUAUGCAUGAACUGCCAACGGCAUCAAUGGCCCUGUUUUCGACGAGAGCGCAAGAGAAAAAGAGCCGAUUCUAACGAUGCUGACCGCAGCGUCAAUGAGACCAAAACAGUUAGAAGACAGGUGAACUGGGAUGAGACGAGCAGCUUUCGUCCGAUCGGCUCAGCCAGAGCUCCAAGUACUAGCUCCGAGUAUGAUCAGGAUCGGCAUCAAUGCCGCGACGCAAGUCAAGAUAGAGCUGGUACUGGAGACAUUUUUACACCAGACUCCAAUCCAUACUCGUCCGCUUCAACUUUGAGCUUUAUGGCACGCUCCCGCUACUUUGAUGAUGCAGUGGCAAUCAAUGAAGAGCAGGCUAGAUCCUAUCCAGAAGGAGACGCAGAUGGACCAACUGAAGAUGACAUCCAGCUGCUAAGACUGCAAGGUGCAUUUGACCUCCCACCACGAGCUAUCCGAGAAGGAUUGAUUAAUACAUUCAUGGAACGAUGCUCACCAUGGAUGCCAAUAAUCGAGCGGAGUUGGCUAGAAGAGAGCGGUUCUCAGAAGCCGUCAAUACUACUUCUCCAGUCCAUCUUUGUUGCUGCGAGCCGAGUCACAUCUGCACCGGGUGUGACUGCGUAUGCAUCUUUGCAUCAAUUUUAUCGCCGUGCGAAAGCCUUGUUCUGGUCUGGAUACGAGAGAAAUCCAGUGACUGUCGUCGCAGCAGUGUGCAUUUUGCAUUGGUAUAACCCAGAAGGCCCUGAGCAUGUGUCAACCAAUACCAGUGGAUUCUGGCGAUAUGUGGGAGUUGGGUUAGCUCAUCAGAUUGGAUUGCAUAAGGAGCCAACGAAUAAUAGGGAUGCUUCCUUGAGGCGCAGGCUGUGGUGGACUCUAUUUGCGAGGGAUUGUUGUAUUUCUGCAGGACAGGGCCGGCCACUAGCAGUGAACCUGGAGGAUUGCGAGGUGGCACCACCCUGUCCUGAGGAUUUCCAUGAUUCAAGCUCAAAUGCUAUUCUGUUUAUCGCAUAUGUCGAGAUCAGUUCGAUUCUGGGUCAUCUCACGGAGUACUGUCGCCGCAAGACCCUCACACGUCAGGUUCGACAGAACCUCGAGAAUCGUUUAUAUCGAUGGAUACGCGGGCUUUCACCAUCGCUGCGCUUGUUUUGCAGCCAUAAUACCUCAGAAGAUGCAAUAUCACCGAAAAGAACAUUGGCCCAAUACAACUUUGAAGCACGUCAGCUUCAUAUCCCAUACUUCACCUGCCUCGCAAUAAUGUGUCGACCUAACCCGGGAGAGUCUGCGUCAUUAGGAGUGCUUUUAGCAUCGUCCUUUGUGGCAGGGAUAUUUGAAGACUUCCUUGCUCGAGACGAGAUCCAAUUCCUAAGCCCAGUAUUCACAUUCCACCUUUUGGCUGCCGGAAUCGGGCUUCUCUCAUGCAAUAACGUACCAUCGCACCGGGAGGAGGCAGCAGUUAGCUUGGAAUCCAUCUACCUGGCCCUCGAGGAACUCGCAAAACGCUGGUCAUCUGCAAAAGGCAGUCUAAGAGCAUUGAAGAGCAUUGCUGAAAAACAGCGGAGCGCAUCAACAACAGAUGAAAUGCCGUCGAUGGGGAUGUCUAGAGAACACGAACUAUUUUUUGAAGGAUUUGGCCCAGAUCUCUCCUGGGCUUGGCCAUAUUUCUUGGAUCUCGGACAAACUGUGGGGCCUGAUGGCAGCACAAAUCGAGUUAUGGUAGCCGGGACUCCAGAGGUGCUAGGAAAUUGGCCCGAGUCCCGGGUACCGGAUGGUUUAUCCUCGGAUGAGUACAGACCACUCACGACGAUUUUGGACCGCAACGAGGGCCUCGCUAUGGGAGAUAUUUCGCAAGAUAUUCCAGGUGAUUUCUUUAAUCAAUACCAGGGAAUGGGGGACUGGCUGUUCAAGGAUUUGGAAUGGAAUGGCGAGAUUGCCUAG